GUAGCCGGGGCCGGCGGCGGCUGCGCGGUGAGGAGCCGGGGAGCGCGGAAGCCGGGCUGCCCGCUGCCGCAGGAGAGAGGAGAAGCCUCCAUCCUCAUUAGGAAUCUGGCCAUGUUCUGAAACAAUCUUCAAGAAAUGAGCCUGGAUCUAAGUAUCUCUAUUUACAGGUUUCACUGGGAUAUGGAUUAAGAAUCUCUUCCACCUUCUCAUCUUAAGCUUAGUUUCAGAAACAUGGCAAGUCCAAGAACAAGGAAAGUUCUUAAAGAAAUCAGAGUGCAAGAUGAGAACAAUGUCUGUUUUGAGUGUGGUGCAUUUAACCCCCAAUGGGUGAGCGUGACCUAUGGAAUCUGGAUCUGUCUGGAAUGCUCAGGAAAACACAGAGGCUUGGGAGUUCACCUCAGCUUUGUGCGCUCCGUCACUAUGGACAAGUGGAAGGACAUUGAGUUGGAGAAGAUGAAGGCUGGUGGUAAUGGCAAAUUUCGAGAAUUUCUGGAGUCUCAGGAGGAUUAUGAUCCCUGCUGGUCAAUGCAGGAGAAAUACAAUAGCAAAGCUGCAGCUCUCUUUAGAGAUAAGGUGGCUACUUUAGCUGAGGGCAAGGAAUGGUCUCUUGAAACUUCUCCUGCCAGAAACUGGACUCCACCUCAGCCCAAGAUGGCCCUGUCUUCAGCUCAUCGAUCUGCUGGACCAUCCCAGAAUGCAGCUGGUUCUUCCGACAAAGCAUUUGAAGACUGGUUAAACGAUGAUUUCAGCUCCUAUCAAGGUGGCCAAGAGAAUCGCUAUGUGGGAUUUGGGAACACAGUCAACCCUCCGAAAAAGGAUGAUGACUUCCUCAAUAAUGCCAUGUCUUCGCUAUACUCGGGAUGGAGCAGUUUUACAACUGGAGCGAGCAAGUUUGCCUCAGCAGCUAAAGAAGGUGCUACCAAAUUUGGAUCUCAAGCAACUCAAAAGUUUUGGGGCUACAAGCAGCAGCCAGAGCCGGCAUCAGAGUUAGGUCAGAGUUUAAAUGAAAAUGUUCUCAAACCUGCACAGGAAAAGGUGAAAGAGGGAAAAAUGCUUGAUGAGUUCUCCAUGGGGGUAUCUCAUCUGGCCACCAAGGUUCAGGGGGUUGGCAGUAAGGGAUGGCGGGAUGUCACCACUUUCUUUUCCAGCAAAUCAGAUGAUCUUUCUGAAAGACCACCUGAGGGAGACAGCUAUCAGAACAGCGGAGGAGAGGGCUACCAGAACAAUGCUGUAGAUCAAAGCUUCUGGGAAACCUUUGGCAACUCAGACCCACCCAAGGCUCAUAAAUCCCCAAGCAGUGACAGUUGGACCUACGUGGACAAUUCCACAGAGAAGAAGAGCUCAGAUAGCUGGGACGUCUGGGGUUCGGGGACGGUCUCCAACAACAAGAACAGUAACAGCGACAGCUGGGAAAACUGGGAGACCAACUGGGAAAAUGCUGGAGGGAAGAGCAAGACCAAAAAAUCCCCCAAGAAAAUGACAAAAGUGUCUUCAGCAGCUGAUGAUGGGUGGGAUAACCAGAACUGGUAGGCCUCUGUAACCCUGCUUCGCAUGGCGAAGGAAGGAGUCCAUGCUCUCUGAUGAGAGAAGUUUCACACACAACUGGAUUAACAUGGUUGUCCUUGUCGACCUGUUACCCUGUGCUUCCCCUUCAUUCUCCUUUCUUCUGUUCCAGUUUAGAAAAACAAAUAGUUUCUCAGUCUCAUCAUGACCAUAUGAAGAUAUGGCUCUCCCAUCGUAAGGGAUAGUAAUAAAUAUAUUCUCCUCACCAUAGCGCUAUUGGAGCUGGGUAUGCUAAAAUGAGAACUCAGAGGAACAAGUCAGUGCAAGCAUGUUUUCAUGGCACAAUAUUGCAUGUGUAGUUUCUUAGGAUUGCCCCUCCAGUAUUCCUAACUUCUAAUGAAGUUCUAGAGAACAUCUGGGGUGGAGUGAUGCAGAGAAAGGAGGAGAUAUAUUUUCAACAGAUAGCCAGCAAUUGAGCGUGUGAACUGCAGUUGAACAAGUACCAGUUUAAAUGCCUCUCUACUGCUGGGACUGCAUUAAAUCUGGCAGUUAAAAAUAGCCGUUAAGACACUUUUUAUUGAAGCUGUAUUUUUAAACUUUGCAAGGUUUGAGAACUUUUUUUAAACCUUUUUUUCUUAUAGAGAUAAUUCCUAGAUGAGGGGGGAAAAAACCAAAACACAAACUAGAGCUAGAUGAUGAUUAGUAUGUAACUCACCAUUUUGUCAAGCUGACCAUUUAGGAGUGUUCAGAAUGGCACCACUUCUUGCCCUUUGAUUUAGGGAUGUGUACACAGUGCAGAUUUUCUGCAGGUGUAUCAUGCAGAGUGAUAGUAUUUUUCCCUUUUAACUAUGAAGAAGUGUCUUCCUCUUUAGCUUUCUUCCUUCCAGAUUCCUAAUUUCACCUGCUAUGUUUUUGUUAACAUGAAAUCUUCCUCCUCUGCUGCUUGAUCUUUUAUCAGCAUGUGUUGAGCACAACAGCAAUGAAACUUCGGGAAAAUCUAGCGACAGAAAAACAAAAUUGGAGAAGAGAGGGAAAAUAAAAAAUUGUUAAAGAUAGAGACAAGCUAAUUUUGAUGUAUAGAUGAAUAGAACUCUGGAUUUAACAGUGAAACUUAAAUUCAGCAGAUUGAUUAAUCUUCUCUUCAAUUUGUCAAAUAGAAACAAUUCUAUAAUUGUUUAAACCACCUUUUCCUCCACAAUUUCCCUAAUACCUUUUAUAUAAAAAAACAAACAAAAAAAAACUCAGACUCUAGUCAGGUCUGAGUUUUGAUUAUUUUUUUUACCUUCUUUUCAUGAUUUAUAAACCCAUAAUCUUUGAAUGUGGAAAACUAAAAUAGAGGAAUUCAGAUAUUUCCUUUGACGAAGGUGUCUUAUGUUAAGUAUCUGCUGUGAAUGGGAUGUAGAUCUAUUUUUUUAUUGUUACUGUGGUGUAAUGUCAUAAAUAUACAAUAUAAGUGAAUAUUGUAGUUAGAAGUCACUUGAAAACUUCAAAUCAUGGUGCCAUUGGAUAAUACUUCAGAUAUUAGUGUGGAAUUCUGUACCAUGGGUAUUUGUGAACCUUUUGAGAGUAAGAAUAUCUUUGUAUUGACAAGCUGACCAAAUGGUAGCUGAUGCUGAUCGUUUGAUAAGUUUUCUGUCUCAGCUAUUGCUCAGUUUCUGUCAUUCACCCUGGAAAAGGUUCAAAUUUAACCAGUGGAUAUUGGCCAUAAAUUAACUGUCUUCAGCAGCCAGAAAAAAAAAAAAUCAUGAAUUACCCAGAAGUAUUAAUGGUUUCUUGAUUUAUAGUCUAAGUAGUAAUCUCUAUGUUUAUAUUAUGGAGAAAUUUUGAUCUUGCAGGAUUGUUUAUUGUAUUUCUAUCACUAUAGUCUUUCUGAUUAUCAGCUGACUAUUUUUCUGAUCUGUUUUAUCCCCUCUUCCAUGCUGCGCCCCCAUCCUUUAUCUCAAUGGUUUUCUCUUGAUUUAGUACCCUUUCAGUAACCUUUUGGUGGUAUGUUGAGACCCACACCUAACCAGAGUACUUCACGCAAUGCUAGUAAUUAUCCAGAGCUUGCUUGUGCCAGAAUAAUGCAAGGCUUUGUGUGUCACGCUAAAGAAUCCUAGUUGCUGAAUGACCCUUUUUAAAAUGGCAGCAGCACUGCAAGAUCUAAGACGCCAAUGCUUCUUGUGAUAGUGGCACCAUUUUCAAGAACAUUUACAGCCAGAAUCUAUAUGAGUGGUUUUACUGGAAUUUCUUCUUCUGUUUCAGAGAUCUUGUUGUCAUGGCUUGACUGCAUGUUAAACAUGUAACAAUUCUUGUAUUUUAUGCAUACACUUCUGUUACUUGCUCUUCCCUUUCACUUGUCUACUGCCCAGUUUGAAACUAAUGCAUGUACUUUGAAGGCCAUGCUAUGUAAUUUGUAUGUGAAGUGGUAUUGCCCAGUCCUUGACUAGCAAUUAUCUUUUGUGAAGUAUUGCAGUAGUCGUGACAGCAAAAUGCACCUGAUUAGCUGGGUUGCCUGACUUCUGAAGUUGUUUGUCUAAAAUGAUGUGAAGCUGAUUCAGCUUCCUGUGUUCUAUUUUGUUACUGUCUCUUUUCACCAGCUUCCUGAAAUAGCUUUCUGUAAUAGGUUGAGCGAUCUAUCUAAAUAAUUUGAUGUGCAUAUACUAUUGUCCCUAUUCUCCCCACUUUUGUGGUUUGCCUAAUAGGGAAUUGUUUACAUCACACUUGCAGCUAAGAUUGGCUCAACAUAGUUUUUAGGUCUAUACUUGAACAUAGUGAAAAUCAGAGCCCUGACUGAGUAGAACUUCGUAACAGUGGUGUUCUUCCAGUCCAGGAGACAGUGAAGGAAUAGCUUCCUCCUUUGCACUGUUGUGGGGAGACUUAACGUACCCUUACGCUUCCAGAGUGAUAUUGUAGGGUGGUUAAAAAGUAGCAUUGUGAUGGAAGAUACGGAUGGAACAGUAAAACUGGGCCUGUUGCUCAAUCCAAGUGCAUGCAUUUCCCAUUCAUUUUAGCACCACUGAAUCAAAAAUGAAUUGUUUGCUCAUCGAAAUCCAGAUGGUGUAGCAUGUCUUUGAGUAGAGGUGAGAGGAGGAUGAAACUAGGGCAUUUCCUUUGGCCAAUAUUUGUUCUCUUUGGUUUUAGUUUAUUAGCAGCCAUUUGAAAGCUGUUCAGUCAGAGGAGGGCAGUAUCAAAGCCCAGUUCUCAGUGGAAAUGUUUUCUUAUCCUAAAAAACACCCUCACAGCUGGCACUGUUGUAUUCUUGAGACGUACCAGUAACUGAAUGGUGGCACCUCAGCUGCAUAGAUGUAGCCCAGCUCUGAGUUUGAGACACAUUCCCAGGGUAUGCAGGCCUGUAGUGCCCCAGUAUGCUGUGCCUAUUUUGUGGAUAAGCAGGACUUCUGUUUUCAGAACUGUCUUGCACCUUUCACUAGCAUGAAUUCUUUUUUUUUUUUUUUUUAAAUGAAGGGGAGAUGGACACUAGGGAAAUGGUGAUUGGGGAAGUUUUCUAUUUGAUAGUGCAUCUCCCAGGUUAGCCUUUCCAGUGUUUCAGUCUCCAUUUCAUUUAAACUGAUGGAUCUCAUCAAUGGCAUAUUUACAGCACAGAACUUGUAGGGCGUUCAAACUCAGUGCUGUUUGCAAAGGAGCAACACAUCUUAAUUCUUGGUGUUCCCAAACCAGAAACUGGAUCUUUUGCUUCUAGCAUUUAAGAUUUUGAAAUGUUGCUUUCAUUUUGUCUUGAAGCCUGUCACUGGUUACUAAAUUUCAAGAAAUCUUUGGCCAGCUCUCCUUAAUUCUUGAUCUAUACAAUAAUGCUGCUGCUUUUUUCCCGCUCCAAACAUUGUAACAUUCCACAGGUAAAUAAUGUAUUUCAGUGUAAUAAUCUGUGCAAUAAUUUAACAAAUAUGAGUGAAACCUCCUUUGUAUUCUGAUCGAGGAAAUAAGAUUUAAAGAUGCAGUGCCCCUUCUUGAGGUCAAAAUAGCAAUCAACAAAAGUAUGUCAGUAUCCCUGUUGCCUUUGUAAGUGAUCUGAUUUUAAAAUCCCUGGCCAAGGAGGGUUUGUGCAAUCUAGAGCUGAAAUAGAAGUCAAGAAGUGGAAUCUAAUGCCCAUUACUAGAGUGUUGGAUUGUAAUGGCCUACAGUGACCACUUCUGGAGCCAUUUUUGUGCCAGCAGAAGUUUGGUAAAUGCGGGGGGUACUGUAUCUUUAAUUUUCCUUAUGUGUUAUGUGAUGUUAACAGGAAUGGCAAUUUCAGUGAACAAUAUGUUCUAUGGAGUGGUACUGGACUUAAGCUGCAGUGUCCUCUUUUACAAGAGCAUUACAAUAAAGCAAAGAGUAAUGGAA